CUCACCGUUUCAUAUAAAUCAGAUCCAUCGCACCCUACGAUACAAACCAUGGUCUCACAUGCUCAUCUACCGCCACGUGUAAAACAAGACACGUGUCCAAACACUUUGACUUUGCCUAGUUGUGUUCCAUGGAAAAAAAGUACAAUUCCUCUUUUCUCCAGGGAGGGCUCGAGAACAGUGCCAAUAUCCGAAAGCUGAAGCUAAGAAUCUGAAAGUUCGAGUCUUUCGUGAUUAAAACGACGACGUAUUUGAAUUUCGCUUUGAAGGAAAGGUGAAAUUAAUGGCGGAAUCGCCGUCGCCGUCGCCUACUGAAGAGAUCGUUCGGUUGAUUAAGCGUUUAAGCGCUUAUGUUGCUUUCAAAAUGUCAAGCCUUUUCUCUACUUCAUCGAUUCGCAAUCUGGAUUCAAGAUCGAUUGGUGCGAUUGCGGGGCUUGCGAUUGCGGUGAUUUUUACGUGGAGGGCGAUAAGAACGCCGGGGGAGCAUCGUCAAAGAAGGCAGCCGAAGCGUAGGAUUAACAAUGCUGAAACGUCUAGUGCUGCUGCUGCUGCUGCUCAGUCGAAUGUAGCUUCGGUACUUCCUGAAUUUUCUUCGCCUCGUGAGGAUAAUGCGGUGCAAGAUGUUGUUGAUCAGUUCUUUCAACCUGUUAAACCUACCUUGGGGCAAAUAGUUAGACAGAAGCUUAGUGAAGGAAGGAAGGUAACAUGCCGUCUUCUUGGAGUAAUUCUUGAGGAAACAAGUCCAGAAGAACUCCAAAAACAAGCAACAGUGAGGUCAUCUGUUUUGGAAGUUCUGCUAGAGAUUACAAAGUAUAGUGAUUUAUAUCUCAUGGAAAGAGUUCUUGACGAUGAAAGCGAAGCCAAAGUUCUACAGGCUUUAGAGAAUGCAGGAGUUUUCACAUCUGGUGGUUUGGUCAAAGAUAAGGUCCUCUUUUGUAGUACAGAGAUAGGAAGAACUUCCUUUGUCAGACAACUAGAACCUGACUGGCAUAUCGAUACAAACCCGGAAAUCAGCACACAACUAGCUAGGUUCAUCAAAUAUCAGCUUCACGUCUCUACGGUGAAACCCGAGCGAACGGCUCCAAAUGUGUUCACCUCGCAGUCAAUAGAACAGUUCUUUGGAUGUGUUUGAUGUCAACAAAAAAGAGAGGUGAAAGAUACUACGUUGUCCUGACUUAAGCAUCAUUGAUCGAGUGUCUCUUAGGCUGAAACUUGAAACUUGUUUUUCAUUUUUCUUUUAUUGUGUCUAAAUUAAAGUUUGAUAUACACUUUGGAGUUAGAUAUAUUAUUACUGCGAGUGCCAAUGUGAAAGUAUCCAAGUUUGUAAUUUUUGUAUUAGCAACUUAGCACAAGUCUUAAAGAAAUAAACAAAUGUCCUUUAUUUAGUCAUUAA